CGUGACAGAGAGCCGCAGGAGCGCUGCAGGAGCGAGAGGACCGAGGAAAGGAACGGGGACGAGCGAGGGGUCGGAGAGUUCGGCCUCUUUCACCCGGCGGAGCCACUCGGGAGCGGGUCUAGGUGGAGGAGCGGCAGGUUUCAGAGUGUCAGGAUGGCAGGACGGAUGUGGAUGCUGUGUGUGCUGGGGAUUCAGAUUUGUCAGGUGUGGAGCUCUGCAGAACUUCCUCACAGUGAAGAGCUGCAUCCUCAGACUCUUUACCCGUGGAAGAACCAAGGCAGGGGCGUCCUCAGGGUGAAGAGGGACUGGAUCAUCCCUCAAAUCAGAGUGCUGGAGAACAGCAAGCAGGUUCCUGAGGACCUUGUUCAGAUUAAAUCCGACAAAAUCUUCACGAGUGAGGUGAUCUACAAGUUGGAGGGACCGGGGGUGGACCAGGAGCCCAAGAAUCUGUUUGAGAUUGACGAUCAAACCGGGGUGAUCCGGAGCAAGCGGCCGCUGGACCGAGAGAAGCACAGGAGCUUCACACUCAAGGCCUUUGCGCUGUCGCCCAGUGGGGAGAGACUGGAGAACCCCACCACCAUAGAGAUCGUGGUCCUGGAUCAGAACGACAACAGACCCGCUUUCACACAGAAACAGUUCGUGGGCACCGUUGCUGAGUUUUCAGUCCCAGGCACGUCAGUGAUGUCAGUGUCAGCCGCGGAUGCCGAUGACCCAAUGACAGACAACGCCGCUCUGAGCUACUCCAUCAUUGGCCAGGAGAGCUUCCCCGCCAACGCCAUCAGCAAGGUCAUGUUUGGCAUCAACAAUGAGACGGGGACCAUCUACACCAGAGACGUAGGCCUGGACCGAGAGGUGGUGAAGAGCUUCCGGCUGAAGCUCCAAGUGGCCGACAUGGGGGGAAUGGGCCUGACAAGCGAAGGUGAAGCCAUUAUACAUGUGUCCGAUAUCAACAACCACCGGCCACAGUUCAGCCCUGCCUCAUACAGCAUGACGGCAGUGGAGAACAGGAAGGACGACCAGAUCGGCCGGGUGAACGUGACGGACAGAGACGACUGGGGAACACGGAACUGGGAGGCCCGAUAUUUGAUCUCCAACGAUCCCAACGGCCACUUCGCUAUUGCCACAGAUCCUGCCACCAACCAGGGCAUCGUGACCGUGGUGAAGCCGCUGGACUAUGAGGCUCAGCGUGAGCACCUCCUCGUCCUGACCGUGGAGAACGUCGUCCCUCUGAGCAGCAGGGCCGCAGACCUCCCGCUGAGCACGGCUACGGUGACGCUGGCCGUCGUCAACGAGAACGAGGCCCCGCGCUUCAGAGAGGACCCGCUACGGAUCGUGGUCCCCGAGUCCGUGCUCCCCGGGACGCUGCUGAGGAGCAACAUAGCGUUCGACCCGGACCAUUCUGAGCUCAGGUACGAGAUAAGCAGAGAUCCCGAGCGGUGGCUGGAGAUCAGCAGAGACACUGGAGACAUUUCCGCCCGAAGCGCCUUCAACAUGCGCUCGCUACACGUCAAAAACGGCGUCUACCACGCGGUUGUCAAGGUUACAGAUGUGGGAGGCGUGUCGACCACCGCCACGCUCGCCGUCACUCUGACGGAGACCAACGACUUCGCCCCGCAGCUCGCGCCCCUGAGCGGCGCCGUGUGCCGGGCCGCGGGCGCAGCCGCGCCCGGGCUGCUUGUGACCGCCGUGGACGGAGACCUCCCCCCGCACGCGGCGCCGUUCGCCUUCGAGCUGUUCGACGACGCGUCCGUCAACUGGACCGUCACGCGGGUCAACGGUACGCACGCCGUGCUCCGGCCGCGCGUGGACCUGGAGGCGGGCGAGCACGCGGUCACCGUGCGCGUGUCGGACUCCGGCAGCCCGGUUCUGAGCGCGUACGCUCAGGUCAACGUCACCGUGUGUGUCUGCGACUCGUACGGAGACUGCAGGUCCGAGGUCGGGGCUUUCGCCGGCUCCAGCGCGGGCAUCAGCUUCUUCGCCGUCAUCAUCAUCACAGCCAGUGUUGCACUGCUGCUGCUGUUGCUCCUCCUGGCGGUGGCGGUGACCACGUGCGGGAGACGCCACCGCAUCAAGAAGGGAACGGGUCUGCUCAUAGCGGAAUCAGAAGACGACGUCCGCGACAACGUUUUCAACUACGACGAGCAAGGAGGCGGCGAGGAGGACGAGAAUGCCUUUAACAUCGACCUGCUGUGGAACCCUCGCGACGCGCCUCCCACGCCAGGGUGUUACUACCCCGGAUCAGCUGUUCCUCGAGGCAAGCAGCCCCUCAGGAAAGACGCCCCGCACAACCUGCCCUCCCCCACCUACCCCAGGAGGCGUCCCGCAGACCCCGCCGACAUAGAGGACUACAUCAAUGAUGGCCUUGAGGCUGCGGACAACGAUCCCAACGUGCCUCCAUACGACACAGCGCUGAUCUAUGACUAUGAGGGCGACGGCUCCCUGGCAGGCAGCCUCAGCUCCAUUGCAUCGGGCAGUUCAGAUGGAGACCAGGACUAUGACUACCUCAAUGACUGGGGUCCACGCUUCCAGAAACUGGCCAACAUGUACGGCUAGGUUCAGGACGGACGGCCCUUUACCAAUGAAGGACACCAAUCACCCCACCCGUGGUUUGCCUGGAUAAAACACAUUUUAGUUGGGGACAGGGUUUGAGGUGUGCCAAAAGGUUGUUAGCUCAGGUAAAGUUGUUUUAAACAGAGGAACUGUUGCCAUGAGCAGCUGAAAAUAGGCUGUGCAUGUGAUUAAAUGUGUGUUCAUGUUUGGUUGAUCCUCAGACAACCUGCUCGGUACAGAUGCACAAUAAGCCUGAGAUAUAAAACUUUUUUUACAUGUA